AGGCGACCGGGGCCACGUGACCCGGCGAGUCCCGCGCCCGGGCGCUCCUCCCCUUUGCCGCCGGUGGGCACCGCGGCUCUCUCGCGCUUCUGCGCCCGCUGGAGCUUUGGAGAUCCCUGCGGUCCCGCGGGACGGCGCGGCAGCAGCUGGCCCCGCAGACAGAAUCUUGCUCUCUUGCCCAGACUAGAAUACAGCGGUGUGAACACGGCUCACUGCGGCCUCAACCUCCUGGACUCAGCAGAGAUGUCAGCUUAUUUAUAGGAAUUGCUUGAAGCCAGAGUCAUGGUGGAUGUAGGAAAGUGGCCCAUCUUCACUCUGCUCUCCCCUCAAGAGAUUGCUUCUAUUCGGAAGGCAUGCGUCUUCGGCACCUCAGCCAAUGAAGCACUGUACGUUACUGACAAUGAUGAGGUCUUUGUAUUUGGACUGAACUAUAGUAACUGUCUAGGAACUGGAGAUAACCAGAGUACACUUGUACCCAAAAAGCUGGAAGGCUUAUGUGGAAAGAAGAUUAAAAGCCUCAGUUACGGGAGUGGACCACAUGUUCUUCUCAGCACCGAAGAUGGAGUGGUUUAUGCCUGGGGCCACAAUGGUUAUAGCCAGCUUGGGAAUGGGACAACAAAUCAAGGCGUUGCUCCCAUCCAAGUCUGUACCAAUCUCUUGAUCAAGCAAGUGGUGGAAGUGGCUUGUGGCUCACAUCAUUCAAUGGCUCUAGCAGCUGAUGGAGAGGUAUUUGCUUGGGGUUAUAACAACUGUGGCCAGGUGGGAUCAGGUUCUACAGCAAAUCAACCAACUCCUCGAAAAGUUACGAACUGUUUACAUAUUAAAAGGGUAGUUGGCAUUGCCUGUGGUCAGACUUCAUCCAUGGCUGUUCUGGACAAUGGCGAGGUAUAUGGCUGGGGUUACAAUGGCAAUGGUCAGCUGGGCUUGGGAAACAAUGGCAACCAGCUGACCCCUGUGAGAGUGGCAGCUUUGCACAGUGUGUGUGUGAACCAGAUUGUCUGCGGCUACGCACAUACUCUAGCACUAACAGAUGAGGGCUUGCUCUAUGCCUGGGGAGCUAACACAUAUGGGCAGCUGGGAACUGGCAAUAAAAAUAACCUGCUAAGCCCAGCACACAUCAUGGUGGAGAAAGAAAGGGUGGUAGAGAUUGCAGCCUGUCACUCUGCCCACACGUCUGCGGCCAAGACGCAGGGUGGGCAUGUGUACAUGUGGGGCCAGUGCCGGGGCCAGUCUGUGAUCCUGCCACACCUCACCCACCUCUCCUGCACCGAUGAUGUGUUUGCCUGCUUUGCCACUCCUGCCGUCUCCUGGCGCCUCCUGUCUGUGGAACAUGAAGAUUUUUUAACAGUUGCAGAGUCACUGAAGAAAGAAUUUGAUAGUCCAGAAACUGCUGAUCUGAAGUUUCGAAUUGAUGGAAAAUAUAUUCACGUCCAUAAAGCUGUUUUGAAAAUCAGGUGUGAGCACUUUCGAUCCAUGUUCCAGUCGUAUUGGAAUGAAGACAUGAAGGAAGUGAUAGAAAUCGACCAGUUUUCCUACCCAGUGUAUCGUGCCUUUCUCCAGUACCUCUACACGGACACAGUGGACCUGCCGCCGGAAGAUGCUAUAGGUCUUCUGGAUUUGGCGACAUCUUACUGUGAAAACAGACUGAAAAAACUUUGUCAGCACAUUAUCAAGAGAGGAAUUACUGUGGAGAAUGCCUUUUCGCUAUUCUCUGCUGCAGUCAGAUAUGAUGCAGAGGAUUUAGAAGAAUUCUGCUUUAAGUUUUGCAUCAAUCAUUUGACAGAAGUUACACAGACUGCAGCAUUUUGGCAAAUGGAUGGCCCUCUGCUAAAGGAAUUCAUUGCUAAAGCCAGUAAAUGUGGAGCCUUUAAGAACUGAAGUGCAAGGCUGCUGGGUUCUGUGUGAGUGCUCUGGGGCACUGUUGAGGAUGUGUCCAGUUUGUGCUCUACGGGUGAUGUAAUUCUGCAGGUAAAAGACCAUCAGGUUGUGUUUUUCAACAUCUGGGACACAGUUGUCUGUGUAGGAACAUAUCAAGGGUGUACGGCUUUUCUUGAGCCCAUUUUAAACAACUUUUGUUUCCAGAUAAGUGUAUUUUAAAUGUGACCUUGCUUUAAUUUGGGCUGGAACAUGUAAAAGAGUAAAAGUUUAGUCGUUUUUGGUUUUGCUUCCAUUUUUUAUUAGAGGAACUAAUGAAAGUGGAAAGAGGAAGUUGGCAGCAACUCUCCUGGGCCACAUAUCAAUAAUCUUCUGACACCAGGAGCGGUGAUAGGGAAUUGUGAGAGGAAUGGAGAAGCCCCAUCGUGAAUUAAAGAUGCUGACCUGGGGCUUGUUAAGUGCUGCCUUAGUUGCUAGCUUAGUAGCCUUACUGUGAAGGAAUAAUUAAAAUAGUUUCAGACGUUUGUUUGUGUGCUCACGUUAUUGAUGACUUUUUUAACUUUAAGGUAUUUCAAAGUAAUAUUCAGUUUAAUAUAAGUUAAACCUAUUGAAGUUAUAAUUAUGUAAAGAUACAUUUUUGGGGUUAGCCAAGAUUUCUCUUAAGAUUUAAGUGCAUAAAGAGUAGUAAUUUAGAAGUAUCCACAUUGAUAAUGCGGAUACUUUUAACAUUGAUAAUGAAAUUUGAUGAAGGUGAAUAUUUUAUAAAUUAAAAUCUCCACUACUUAUCCAAUGGUGUUUUAUUUCAUUAAGGUAGAAUUUGAGAACUCAAGUUUAAAUUGUCCCCCUCAUCUUCUUCUAUAAAUGCAAACUUAAGAGGAAAAUAAUGAUGUACAUAGUAUACUCUUGCCUUCCUAAAUUAUGGCUGCUAAGUCAUCAUAUCUACUAUAUAUGACUGAGAGAAGUGGUUCUUCAAGUCAACUCUUUUACAGGACUUAAUGGAAUUUGCUGUAUCUACUUUAGGCCAAAUCCAUCACACAUUGGCUGAUUUGAAACUUUAUCACCUUUCACUUGGUUUUCCUCUGUUUUUAAUCAUCUUAGGUAUGAUAUUUAGCACCAUUUCACCUUGAAAAAGCAUCAAAAUUAUGGUGUUCCUGAAGAGAUCCUAUUAAAAGACAGUUUUUUUGAACUGGUUAUCAAAGGUAACUUUGGGAUGUAAGAGUGAGUUUCAUCAUGUGCGUCUAUUGAGCUUGCUUGAAGAACAAUGUUUUGUGCUUUGCUCUCUGGUCCAUGAACUCAUUUCCAUUUGAGUGAGCUCCUUUAGUGAAUUUAUUUUUCCACUUGGAAGGUCUCUUUUCUGAACUCAGCCUGAAUACAUUUUCAGAGCCAAAUUACAAGUGGGUGAAGACAUGCUGCGGCUACUAUUUUUAGGAAAUUUUUAAAUGUGUGUGUAUUGUGGUGGGAAGGGGAGUGAGGCCCAAAAGUUAGGAAUUCAUUGAGUGCUGAAAUAGAUACAAGCCUAGUAGCCCCAGCCCACAUUUCUUGACCAUAUCACAGAUGAUUGAAGCCCAGUGAAUUGUUUGGUUAGAAUUGGUUCUGCAACAUGAUAGAACUUUUUUUUACUAGGUUCAGAAAUGGACAUUGAUUUGUGCUAUGAUGGAUGGUAUUUGUAACAAUCACUGUUCUGUAGGCUUAUGAUCUAAGCAAAAUGAAAACUUCAGUGUGUUUACUAUUGCUCUUACUUGAAAAAAACUUUCAAAAAAAGCACAAAUUAGUUGAUUCAUAUCCAUAGAUAGUUCACUCAUUCAACAAAUAUUUACCGAGUUCCUAAUAUAAGUGAAGGACCGCUUCUCAGAUUACUAAGUAAUUUGUAUGAGUGUAUGUGGCAGUGAAGAGAACAAGUCCUUCAAAUAGCAUUUGAUUAUUAUUAUUAUUUUUAACACUCUUAUUUUUCUACUUGGUUUUGUUGUUGAUCAUAGCAGGAUGUGACAACUCAUGUGAAUUGAUUUUUUUCAUCUAAUAUAAUAAUGGAAGCCAAAGUAUUCAUAUUUCUUAAGAUAGCCCUAAAUGUACUCUUGAACUUCUUACUGGAACAAUGUUUGAUACUCUAGUGUAUAGGCUGUAUUCAUGUAAUAUUUAGAGUGACACAUUAAUAAACAAAAGUAGGAUUAAAACAGGCAUGUAGAGUUGUUUCUUUUCCUCAAAAUCAGUAGUAUGCAGCCCCAAAAAGGAAAGAAAUUCUGACACAUGGUGCACAUGGAUGAAUUGAGGACAUUAUGCUGAGUGAAAUAAGCCAGUCACAGACAAAUACUAUGUGAUGCCACUUGUGUGAUGUACUUAGUGAAAUUUAUAUAGUAGAAUGGUUAUUGCCAGGGUCGGAGGGUAGAGGAGAAUGAGGAACUUGUUUAAUAGAUAAAGAGUUUCAGUUUUGCAAGAU